UCGCGCCGUCGUGGCUAACGGACGUCCCCGUCGCGCCACGCUUCACGACUCGCUUCGACGCUAACCGGUCUUUUACAUGUGAAUUUAAGUUAUGCCUUCAAUCAUGUCAAACUCUACAAGGACCACUUUAGCUAGUUUUUUAACUUGAUUAUCGAGUGCUUAAUACUUUUAAAACUUAUCUAAAGUCUUGUGUGUGCAUUUAAUAUACUUUUCGUGAAGUGUUCUUGAAUAUUUUAAAAAGUAAAUCAGUUUUGUUUGUAUUUUAAAGUGUCAAAACUUAUAAAUUUGUAGUCGGUACGCGUGUGUACUUUGGAUUGUUGGAACUUAUGAAGUUCUAGGAAGAUAUAAAAAAACUUAUGUGUGUUAACGGUGAUCUUUUUUGAAAUUUAAACCCCGUGUGUAAACAAAAAGCGAGAACCAGCGUUCGACGAUUGGAAAUAAGUGAGACACAACAGGAAAUGAGAGGAUGAACCAUGGAAUCACGCAGCGCGCCCCCGAGCCCCGACGACACCGGGGAGGCGGCGUUCCACUCCCGAAGGGGCAGGUACCCGCACCAGCCCGCGCUGCAGCGGACUUUUGCCAGCUGCCGCGAGAACACGCGUCCACGCCCGCACCACCGGCACGCCACCUCCGAACCCGCUCGGACCGACGACCGCGUUCUUACUACCGCAGAAGUCCACGACUAUCCGUCGUCCGAAUCCGGUAUAGCUGCAGACUGCUCUCAUACGCAUAUGAGCAACAAUGAUGACAGUCCGUGUUACGAUAGGUCCGACUUCGAAGGAAUGUCCUCAUACAGUCUACGAAGAACACCGGAUUAUCACCACGAUUGUAAACAUUUAUCCGUAGAUUACAAUCGAAGUCAUACGCCCGAUUUUAACCAUGGUCACAGCUCAGAUUGUGAUCGAGGACACGGAAGGAGUCAAACAUCGCACAGACCGCAUAGAAAACAUAGACGAGACGAAGAUGACGGUGCGCAAUCAUUGGACGAGCGCUGCGCUCGUGACUUAGAUGAAAUCUUGCCCGCGAGACUUGGAGCCAUUAAUUUAUCAAGGGAACCACCGCCACAAACGUGGAAUAGAAAUAAUAUUGCCGCUACAAUGGAGCGAUUCGAGCCAGUCGACUACUCGUAUGCUUAUUAUGACCAUCAAUUAUCUAUGCCAUCUUCUUCGAGGAAAGCAGGCCGCCAAAGAGGACGAGGUAUACCGAGAGAUCGCGCUGCGCGCCACAAUUACGUUACGAGAUACGGUACUGAAGAAAAUAUUUAUGAAGAAAUUACAGACGGAUCCCGAAACUGUCCCAAACAUCGGUAUGGUCCCCGACAAUCACUAGUUUCUUUAGAUAGAAGUGUAGUCGAAGAGGAAGUUCGGCGGGUCGAGUCAAGACAUAAAAGAAUUUUAGGUGAACUUAAUCUUAGCGUUGAAGCUAUGUUAAUGCCUGAGUGCGAAUCUCCAGAUUCGGAAAGAGCUGAGGAUAGAGAUAACAUUGAAGAAUUAAUGAGAGUGGGACCCACAGAUGAACUACUUUCCCCUGCUAGUUGUAAUCCUCCCGACUUAGACAGCGGAUUUAGCGGCAGUAGCAGUGGUGCUAGCUACGUCGGCAGUUUGAGAAGAAAACCGACUGGAUCAGUUCCUCAUUUACCCGCUGUAGCUUAUGGUACCCGCGGCUUAGGAGUACGUAUUUUAGGCGCUGAUGAUUGCACUCUAAGGUGCCCUAGAGAUGUGGCAUCGCCUCGAAGCUCUAGUUGUGGUGACGCAAAAUCAACAGGAUUCUGGAACAAGAGGGCUUGGAAGAAACUGUCAGGAUUUUCAAGUUCAAACAGCAUCAACAAAGCGGGAUUAACAGGUCUGCUCGUUAGGUACACUUUCCGGCGUAAGUCCGGCUCGCAGGGCUCUCAAAGUAAGCGGCGCGCUGAGCCCGUCAAAUGCGAUGCGUGCCUUUCACAACGAUGCUAACCGCACCAUGCUACUCCAACGGAAAAUUGGUGGUGCCGUUGGAUUCCUUGACACAAAGCUGAGGGGUCAUUCGACCCCAUCUUCCCCGCCUCGAACAUCUUCGGAGGACACCUUAAUAAGGGGCAAAAAUGAACAUACGAGUAACAGUUGUCUAAAAACUUGAUCAUUCCAACAUUCCAAUGGACAAGUGCGUGUCGUAACAUUUCCAGUGCGUCUAAAAGACAAACUGUUUUAGCUUGGCUAAAAUGUUUAAAAUAUUAUGUAAAUAUCUAGUGAAUACAAGUGGCGAGUAUACGUUGAAGUGAUAGAAAAGCCUAACUAAUGUUUUGUAUUACUACAGCUGUUUCCUAGAAACUUAUCGGCUAUGUUAUUGUUAUCAAUUUUUAGUAGAUAUUAGGUACAUGAAAAGGCUGACACUAAAUCCGAUUUUUUACUUAAAAAUUUAUGACUUUUUUAACAUUUUUUUUUUGUCAAUCUUGAAGUUUGGAUAAAAAAAUUGGUUUUAUUCUAUGUAAUCAGUAUCACUGCCUGCUUAAAUAAUUCAUGUAAAUUUGAUGUCUAUGGUCCAUUCUACUUUUUAAAAUGUAAUUCACGAUUUAACGUUAUAUCGACGAAGUCAUUGUUAACGUUUGCUUGUAGAUAAUUGUACAUUAUUGUAAAUAUUUGUAGUGUUGUCUAUGCGUAUUUAUGUAUAUAAUUGAUAAAUGGUAAUAAUUAUUGGAUGUCACAAUUUGUAACUUUGCUUUAUUGAACAGUGUGUGGAUCAAUUAUUCGGUGUUUACAUUAUUUAAUAAUAAACGUAAUGAAGAAUUUUUAACUAAAUUAUAUUUAAAUGUCCCUUUAACUACGAUAAAGUCGAUCUUUUUUAUGUCUUUUAAUUCCAUAGUAAAAAUGCUUUAAUGAUUUCAGUGAAUGCUAGCUUAAAACACACAAAAUAUUUUAUAACAAAAAAACGAAAAAAUUUAUUUCUUCAUUAGUCAAUGUUAUAUUUAUCACAAAUAUUCACAAACACUAGCUUAUAUUUGGCAAAUUAUAAAAAAAUCUUGAUGUUACCUUUUUUGAAGCUGCGUUUUAAAAUGUAAAUAUUGUAGAAUUGUUUUAAUUGGUCAGCGAGAAUUUAAUUUUGUACGUAUUGUUCUAAGCUACUCGACUGAAAAAUAUAGAAAUAAUCAAUGUUAUUAAAUCUUGUCUGUAAAAUUAGUGAUCGUGUUCAAGUCAAAAGAGAUUUAUAUUAAAUAAACAACA